UAAUGAGACCAUUACGAACCUUUGUGAAAUGCGUAUCAGUUUAAGAACAUUAUUUUGCAUUUCAGCGUCAGCUUAGUAUACAACACGAAUACACUCUUAAUUAUUAUUACUCCCCUGUACAACUGGUUUGUGGCAUGGAUGUAAGACUUUCCAUUCCAGCAUUUGGAGUGAUUUUACUUUUAAUUGAUGGUGGUUGUUCUAUGUCUAUUGGAAAACUUAAUGAUACUGCUGAUGAACUCCAGGAUGACCGAAUCCUAGCGCUUGAGAAUACCAUAAAAAGAUUGGAAAGUCAAAUUAAAGUUGAAGAUCACCGGAAGGAGCCAGUAAUGUUUUACGCCAGGAUACAUCGCUCAAAGUUUACACUACAAACGUUAUCAACCCUGGUGUUCGAUACAGUCAUUCUUAAUAUAGGAGAUCACUAUGAUAAAUACGACGGUGUGUUUGUUGCUCCAAGGAAAGGUAUCUAUUUAUUUUCCUGGACCGUAUCAAUCAAUUCGGGAAGUUAUGCAGUAACGGAACUAGUCGUGGAGGGUCAAAGUAUAUCUCACACUGGAAGUGACGAUACCAACGGCGGAAUCCAUUCUGCGUCAAUGACAACAUUAAGUAGGCUGAUCAAGGGUGAACAUGCUUUUAUCAGAACGACUACCUAUGGUAGUACUCACGCAUUUUAUAGUACUGGUAGAUUUCCACAUUCAUCGUUUCUAGGAAUGCUCGUCUACGAAGAAAAAUGAUACUUUGAAAAAGAUAUUUUUUCGUAUUGAUAUAUGUAUAUUUCUUAGAUAUGUUUUUAAAAACAAAGAUGAUUCUUAUAUAUCUGUAUAUAGUUAUCAAA